AUGGACGAGAGCAACAGCAACAUCACCAAGAUGCUCGAGUCCCUCCUCGCCAAGAUGGAUGAGCAGAAAGCGGCCCACGACAAGCAGAUCGAGGUCCAGGCUGCCUUCAACGCACAGAUCUCGCAGGAUGUGCCCGGCCUCGCCCGGCAGAUCGAUCUGACCCAGGUCGACGUCGACGCAACUCGCAAGAUGGUGGAGGGCUCUGCAUCGCCAUCGGGCUCGAUCACAACUGUGCUUCUCACCAGCCCGCCGCCCCACAACAAUCCCCACCACCGCCCCCGCCGCCUCCGCACUCACCGGGCCAUUCCCUCUCCGACAACGGGCUACAACAGCAACGACUACCACAAGCCACCGAAGCACGAUUUCCCUCGGUUCGACGGCUCCGCACCGUACCUGUGGUUGGAUCGCUGCCUGGCGUACUUCGAGCUCUACAAGGUCGCGCCACACAACUGGGUGGCCACCCCAGCUCUGUAUAUCGAAGGCCAGGCCGCGCAUUGGCUACAGGCAUUUCGUCAAACACAUCGCGGCAUCACCUGGGAGUCGUUCACCGCCGCCGUGCUCACGGAGUUCGGCGCCGACGAGUUCGAGGUGGUCAUGCACAAGCUGCUGCAACUUCGUCAAACCACCUCUGUCGCCGAGUACCGCGCGGCGUUCGACGAGCAAAUGUAUCACCUGCUCGCGCUCGACCCGUCCAUCAACACAAAGUUCUUCGUCACCCAGUUCAUUCUGGGCUUGAAGGACGAACUACGCGCGCCGGAGGAAGAGCUGGGCACUACGCGUGCACGCCCACGCAUCACGCCCGCGGGCCGGCCUCCACCAGCGCCGACUCCACCACAGCCGCGCGUGGCCGCGCCCAGCCGCGCUCCAACGGACGACUACGCGCGCGAACGGCAGCUGCGCGACUACCGCCGCGCCAACAACUUAUGCUUCAAGUGCGGCGACCGCUUCUCACGGGAGCACCGGUGCGCGCAACCGGCCCAGCUGCUCGCCAUCAACGUCGGCGAUCAUGGGGAGGUGCUCUCCGACGACACCAUCCAUGCGCUGCAAUUGCUCGACGACCCAGGGCCUGCAGCACAGCCGGCCGCUCCUCCUGGUGACGCGCCCGAAUGCUGCCUCCUCUCGUCGCACGCACUGGACGACACGGACUCGGCGACCACGAUCCGCCUGCGCGCACUGGUGGGCAACCAAGUCAUGUUGCUGCUACUCGAUUCGGGUAGCUCGCACAGCUUCGUCAACAAGUCCUUCGUCGACCGCCUCGGAUUGCAAACUGAAGAGAUGCCGCGGGUGGACGUACGAGUUGCCAACGGUGACCGUCUCACCUGCAACCGUAUCGUGCCCGAGCUCAAAUGGUGGAUGCAGGGGCACACGUUCGCCACACCGAUGCGCGAUCUGGACAUUGGCGCGUACGAUGGCAUCCUGGGCAUGGACUGGCUUGCCCAGCACAUCCCCAUGACAUGCCACUGGCAAGACAAGUGGGUCAAGUUCACCCACGACGGCGAAGAGGUGACGCUCCGGGGCGCGCCCACCAAAGCGUCCACCACCCUCAAGGCGAUCAAACUCGACGAGCUGCGCAAGAUGAUCGCGGGCAACGACGUCUGGGCCAUGGCCAUGGUGGACACGUGCGGGCGCGCACCGCCCCCACGGUGCAAGUGCGCUAGCCAGACGCCCCUCGUCGAUCUCUUGGAGGAAUUCGCCGACGUCUUCGCCGCUCCCCAGGGCCUGCCGCCACAUCGCCAGUACGACCACGCCGUCACCCUGGUGGAGGGCGCAGUCCCCGCGAACACUUGUCCGUACCGCUACUGGCUGCUUCAGAAGGACGAAAUCGAGCGGCAGGUCAAGGAAAUGCUCGACGCCGGCAUCAUCACGCACAGCGUCAGUCCGUACGCCGCGCCGGUCCUCCUGGUCAAGAAGAAGGACGGGACGUGGAGGUUCUGCGUCGACUACCGUCGCCUGAAUGAUGCCACGAUCAAAAACAAGUUCUCGCUCCCGAUCGUCGAUGAGCUCCUCGAUGAACUCGCGGGCGCAGCAGUCUUCUCAAAGCUGGAUCUCCGCGCGGGGUACCAUCAGAUUCGUAUGCGCGAAGAGGACGAGGCCAAGACCGCGUUCAAGACGCACCACGGGCAUUUCCAAUUCAGGGUCAUGCCGUUCGGCCUGACGAACGCUCUGGCGACCUUCCAAUGCCUCAUGAACGCCAUAUUCAGUAAGUAUGUGCGCAAAUUCGUGAUCAUUUUCCUUGACGACAUCCUUGUCUUCAGUGAAACGAUGGAAGAACACAUCGAGCACCUCCGGCUCGUCUUCGAGCUCCUGCGGGCGCACCAACUAUUCGUCAAGGAGAGCAAGUGCAGUUUUGCCUGCGACCACAUCGACUACCUUGGGCAUGUCAUCUCCAAGGAGGGCGUGGCCACCGACAAGGACAAGACGCAGGCCAUGGAACAGUGGCCAACGCCGACGAACGCCACCGAGCUGCGCGGGUUCUUGGGGCUCACCGGCUACUACCGGAAGUUCGUGCCGCACUACGACAUCAUUGCGAAGCCUCUCACGCAGCUCCUCACGAAGAAGGGCUUCGCCUGGAGCGAGCAGGCGCAAGCAGCGUUCGAACGGCUCAAGAUCGCGAUGACGACGACUCUAGUGCUCGCUCUGCCCAACUUCGACAAGCCGUUCUCCAUCGAGAUCGAUGCGUGCGACACGGGCGUCGGGGGCGUGCUCGUGCAUGAAGGCCACCCGGUCGCGUUCUUCAGCAAGGCGCUCGGCGUGCACAACCAGAAGCUCUCGACAUACGAGAAGGAGUUCUUGGCGGUGAUGAUGGCGAUCGACAAGUGGCGCCCCUACUUGCAGCGCGGCCCCUUCGACAUCCUCACUGACCACUAG